AGAGGGUUUCGAGCGAGGAGCAAGUGUGGCAAGCAAGCUCGGUGUUGUGAAUUUCUCCUCGUGAUGAUGUUGGGGUAUAAUGCUUGGAGAUAUUUUCAAGUAUCGUACCUUUAAGCUUCGUAAGCCCAAGCUUCGUAAGCCCACAUGAGCUCGUAUAUAUCUCUGCGAAUUUCUCCCCUUCCAUCACAAGGGCGUCCGCAUACCGAGUUGGAGGUCACUGAGCAUUCAUUCAGCGAUCAGGGGAUGUAGAGAACUCUGCCCAGUUGAUUGUCGACCGAUCAGGAACUUGAGGACAUUACACACAAGUGCCAGGAAAAAUGGAUGAAGUGGUGGAUGAAUCACCGCCCACCGGGCUCGGCUUGAGACGGCAGCAGCUUCGACAGACGGGUCCAUGUGAAAUUUUUAAGCAGGUUUUGAUGGCCGCCACAGCUCUGGGAGUGGCAACCUCUUGGCUGGCAAAACUCUUAGUCGUGGCUGCCACGUUCUUCACAGUGGGACGCCAGUACCGGGGAGAGAAGGUGACGCUGCUGGAAGCUCUCCGAGCUAUGCUGGGCUUGUGGCCAAAAUUGUUCGUCAACAAUCUUUAUAGCACGGGCUUCACGUUCCCCGUAUUCAUGGUGAGUCUAACCGCGGCCAUGAUCAUCAUCUUUAACGCCUCCUCCGAUGCUGUCAAGUAUUUCGCUUUCGUUGUGAUCGCCUUGGUCCUCAUCAUUCUGGCGGUCGCGAUCCAAACUUUGUCCAUCUUCGCGACCGCAGUUACCUGCUAUGAAAAGACUUAUGGCUGGGCUGCUUACGAGCAAGCGCAGAAGCUCCUGCAGCGCAAAUGGAAUUCGGUACCGCUCUUCGCGCUCAUAUUUUAUGUUCCCGUAUGGAUCUACGCCACCUUAUUUUCAUAUCUCUUGAAGGAUCUCCCGAGAACCUCUUUAUUGGAGGAACUGUUCAGGAUAGUUUCGUAUGCUAUCGUGAUCACAUUCCUUGAUCAGCGGUUAAUAGUUUCGGGUGCCCUGUUCUACUUCUCCUGCUUUGAGAAACCCGACGAGCAGAAUGUGAGUGAUGACAUGGAAGCUGGGUAUGACUCAAUUCCCUCACAGGAGGUUUAGGUACCAGAAUACAAAUGGUGUCCGAUUCGUCAUUUCCUUUACAGAUAGAGAGCUCACAUCGUACACGUUCUCAAGCACGCAAAUAUAAGAACUGGGCAUUUGCAAGCUCGAGGACGAGUUCUUCAAAUGUCCAGUUGUAUUCUGUCUAAGCUUGUAUAUAGGACCUCUAGUCAUACGUCGACGAUGAGGAACAAUGAGAAUUGACCAAAUUCUCAUAGUACAUUCAGCGGCAUAUUUUCAUAAGUUACGUGAUUUGGAGACAAUCCUCUGUGCUGAGAAAAUCAGUACAUGUGGCUCACAUUUUCGGCCUUUCUCUUACUCCCGGACUGUGAAAUAUUCCUCUGUUUCGUGUUCUUGGGGGCUUUUGACUUUUUUCUGAUUCCUUGCCUUCUACGAGAUUUCAUCAUUCAUCAAUUCAUCUUUGCUGUAAAUAGCUGGGAGAAGCUACUGAGACGGAGGAUAGGCACGUCUAACCAGAAGCAGCAGAAAAAUCACCCAAACCCAAACCAAAGAUUUUUCUUUGUAGGCUUUACGACGCCGGUUGGAUCUGGAAAUAUGCUUCAUGCGUGCUCUGUGUGGAGAGCAGUAUCUGGUCAUAGGAAAUAGCCACCAUCAGGACUCUCUAGUUUAGGCAUAUGCCUCCUUGUGCCUAAUUUAAGUAUAUUAGUCACAUACAUGAAAUAA